CUCCCUAUACAGGCAUCAUGUUGGGUUCUGUCCUCCUUGUUGCGUUCCUGGGCUAUGCCUCUAGCUGCGGUGUCCCAAGCUACCUGCCCAACCUGGCCACUCGGGUGGUGGGAGGAUCGGACGUCACACCCCACAGCUGGCCCUGGCAGAUCUCUCUCCAGUACCUUAAGGACAACACCUACAGACAUACCUGUGGAGGGACCCUGAUCUCCAACCAGCAUGUACUGACUGCCGCCCACUGCAUCAGCAAAAGCUUAACCUACCGAGUGGUGCUGGGCAAGAAUAACCUGGUGGAGGAAGAGGCUGGCUCCGUGGCAGUGGGUGUGGAUACCAUUUUUGUCCAUGAGAAGUGGAAUUCCUUCCUAGUGCGCAAUGACAUCGCCCUCAUCAAGCUGGCUGAGCCUGUGGAGCUGAGCGACACCAUCCAGGCAGCCUGCCUGCCCCCAAAGGACACCGCACUGGCUCAGGACUACCCUUGCUACGUGACAGGCUGGGGCCGUCUCUGGACUGAUGGUCCCAUUGCUGAUGUUCUCCAACAAGCCCUACUGCCUGUAGUGGACUACAAUACAUGCACCCAGAGAGACUGGUGGGGUGCCCUGGUCACCAAGAACAUGGUGUGUGCUGGAGGAGAUGGUGUCAUCGCAUCUUGCAAUGGAGACUCAGGUGGACCCCUGAACUGUGAGGCUGCAAACGGAGCCUGGGAAGUCCGGGGCAUUGUGAGUUUUGGUUCUAGCUUGGGCUGCAACACAGCCAAGAAGCCCUCAGUCUUCACCCGGGUCUCUGCCUACAUUGACUGGAUUAAUGAGAAACUAAUGCUCUGAAGAAUCGGUGGCCUCUCUCCUGGGAACCCCCUGGAUGCUUCCCAAUAAACCCUUUCAUUCAGCCCCAUCUUGGAUUUUCAAUAAAGUCUCCUCUUCUGCCUAUUA